GCCAGAGGGAUAAAAACAGCGGCCAUUACAAUAAAAGUCGUGACAUAAAUAUCGUAGUGAUCAAAAAUACCCAGAAAUAAUUACAAAUCGAUUAUCCAAUUAAAAACCAACAUUGACUAAGUCCCCACGCAAUUGAGCUCCAACACUCGAUUAAAAAUGAACGGCCCCUCGACACCGAUUCUCUACGACCUCCGAGGUCACGUGCAAAUCGAGAACCUGGGCCUCUGUUCUCGUAAAAACAUUGAGGAAUCGAUGCUGGACAUUGCAACGAUCAUAGCCUCUCACAUGGUGUACCAGGAGGAGCCCUGGGCAGCGGGUGCAGCUCAUGUGGCGCAUCACCUGGGCCAGGAAUUAGUGAACACUUGGUUGAGGAAUGGACCAGCCCCAUCAGCAGUUGUCUUCGAGUAUGCUGAUAUCUUCAGUGGAUAUUCCAUCAAAGCAUUGGUCCCCCCAGGACUGGCGAACGUCAGGGGAAACGUCGAGGGCAACUGGUCGUUUUUUCGACAGGACAGCCCCAUGGAUUCAGAUGUCUACACCAAGAUCUUUUACGAUUUUCGUUACAUCUUCUCCACAGCUGUUCACGAGGAUAGACACAUCUACGAGCACCAUCUUUACGAGGGCCAUGACUUCUACAUUGGGCAGAGAGUGAAGAAUUCCAUCAGGUCGAUUCUCACUUCUGCCAAUAACUCGAAGGUAUUCAAUGCUGAUGACGCUUGGAUCGUGCUGGAGAGCGAUAAAUAGAGGGCUCCGGGGGACAGAGGUCGAGGAUGUGAGUUCCUGGUGGAUUUAAUCGUGAAAGAGAGUCAAUGGAGUUGUGCCAGCAGAAUUGCUGGCUCGAUUGAGCGUCUUUUCCUCGACAGAGAGGAAUAUUCGAACACCACUAAAUGGAGAACAGACUCCUGCAGUAUCCUAGUAUAUUAAGAUAAUUAUCUAUCUUUAGUUCUUUGACUGACGUUAUCCCAUCUAUUUAAAAAAGUUAAAAACACUUCCCCAUAAAAUUAUUGUUCCAGCCAGUUUAAAAACAGCUGAUUAAAAUUGACUGUUAAUUUGCUUAGAGUUAAUUUCCCUAGAAUAGUUUUUUUUUAUUUCGUUAAGAGUUUCUGAAUGUAUUAAUUCAUAUAAAGAAUCAUGUAGUGAACACAGGAAUCUCACAUGUAUGACAAUUGUUUAUAAAGAAUAAAAUAGAAUAAUUACA